AUGACGGUCUCACCGCCAGGGUCACCAUCAGGUGCUCCCCCGCGACCCAUCAGCGCGGUGAUGCGCACACCUCGCAGCAAUAGUCGCAUGAGUAUGAGCAGCAGACAAGGUGGAAGCCGAGCCUCAGAUGAGGAUGGCAAAACCGCCGUCAAUGUUGCUGUCCGAGUUCGACCUCCACUUAAGCCGACCGACCCCGGAUACGAGUUGAUUCCCCAGAGAUUCCAGCGCCCCAUGGUUCACGUUACAACUCCCACCAGCUUAGCCGUGGAUGUGCCCCAAGGACGCAAGCUGUUCGUCUUUGAUCGCGUGUUCCCGGAGACGGUAGAUCAGGAUGGUGUUUGGGAGUAUCUGAGUGAUAGUGUCAACUCCUUCCUUCAGGGAUACAACGUUUCGAUUCUGGCCUACGGUCAAUCCGGUGCGGGAAAAUCUUAUACGAUGGGCACAUCAGGCCCCGGCGAACAAGGCAAUGAGGAUGCAAUGGGUAUUAUCCCCCGCGCAGCACAGCUCUUGUUUGAUACAUUGGACGGCCCGGCCAAGCACACCCGAAAUAGUUCCAAUUCAACCACCACUGGCCUCCGAACUCCGCAGCGGUAUUCGAUGAGCUCCGCCGCGAGCUUUGGAAAGUUGAACUUGGAGAAGACCUGGCAGCUAAAGGCUACCUACGUCGAGAUCUACAACGAGCAUCUCCGAGAUCUACUCCUGCCGGAUUCGACCCCCACCAAUGAUCGCAGCAAUGUCAGCAUUCGCGAAGACGCUAAAGGACGCAUUCUUCUCACAGGCCUGCACCAAGUGAACAUCAACAGCUUCGAUGACCUGAUCGGUUGCUUGAACUUCGGUUCUACCAUCCGUCAGACUGAUUCUACCGCCAUUAACGCCAAGUCAUCUCGAUCGCAUGCGGUGUUCAGCUUGAACCUCGUCCAGCGCAAGAACUCCGGUCAGCCUUCCUCGCCAAAAGAAAAGCGCAUGUCUAUGCCUGUGGAUUCCUUCUCGAACGGCGAAUCUGUAACAGUGGAUAGCAAGCUUCACUUUGUUGAUUUGGCAGGUAGUGAACGGUUGAAGAAUACUGGAGCAUCCGGAGAACGCGCCAAGGAGGGUAUCUCUAUUAAUGCUGGUCUUGCCGCCCUUGGCAAGGUUAUUUCUCAGCUCUCCUCUCGCCAGUCCGGGUCCCACGUUUCUUACCGUGACUCCAAACUGACCCGUCUGUUACAAGACUCACUAGGUGGCAAUGCUAUCACCUACAUGAUUGCCUGUGUGACUCCGGCCGAGUUCCACUUGAGCGAGACUCUCAACACUGUUCAGUACGCCCAGCGUGCUCGCGCCAUCCAAAGUAAGCCACGCAUCCAGCACAUUGCGGACGAUAGCGACAAGCAGGCUUUGAUUGAGCGUCUCAAGGCCGAGGUUGCUUUCCUUCGUCAGCAAAUCCGCAAUACGGAGGCGUCGGACCGCCGCGAAACCGUCUCCACCGAGCGCAAUGAGCGGAAGAACGAACUUGAGAUACAGUUGCAGAAUCAGCUGCUUGAUGUUCAGGAGAGCUACAAUGCCUUAAGCCAACGUCACACCAAGCUAAUUUCGACAUUGGCAAGCGAUUCGAAAAACACAGAGGCCGAUGAUGCCACUGCUGACCUCGGAAAAGAUUCGAUUGAGCGUAUGCAACGUUCGCGAUCAUUCGCCGAGUCUGUUGAGCAAGUUGUUCUGGAAUACGAGAAGACAAUUCAAAGCCUGGAGGCAUCGCUUUCCGAUACACGUUCCUCGUUAUCUUGCUCUGAAAGCCUUCUUCUGGAGCGUGAAACCAAGUGCACCUACGUUGAGACGGUCAAUGCGCAGCUCCAAUCUCGUAUACAGAAGCUUUUGGACCGGGAGGUCAGCAACGAGACCUACCUGCACGAGCUUGAAUCGAAACUUGACGGUGCCUCUACUGGAGAGGAAAAGCAUGCUGCAAUCGUGGCUGAACUACGCAAGGAGCUCAGCCGCGCUCGCGAGAAUGAAGGUGCCUGUGAAGAAUACAUCUCUACGCUGGAGGACCGUCUUGCCGAAGCCGACCAGGAUAUGGAGCUAAUGCAGCGGGAGGUGGUUCGACUAGAGCACGUUAUUCAUCGCCAGCGGGGUCUGGGUACGCUGGAUAACUUGCUUCAUGACCUGGAUAACCGUCAUAACCUUCCCGAGGGACUGGACGGUGCCAACGGUGAUGUCGCUCAUAAUCAUACAGGCAAACUCUCCCACAGACACACCCCGUCAUUGGAUGUUCUGAACGAGGCCGCGGAGACCGCUAUUCCCGGGUCGGACGAAGACUUGGUCGAGCCCAUCCCGGAAGAAGAGGAAGGGGAAGCUACCCCCGAGACUGACGACUCAAAAUCAUCUAGUGAUGACCUGGAGGUUCUCGAAAAUCUGACCAACAAGCUCGAGGCCCGUCGCAAUGAGGCCCUUCGCGAAGAGCCUCUCCACAGUCCUGCGCAAUCCAAGUUUGUCGCCGACAAGCUUGAGACCGUUACCCAGGAGCUCUUUGACCUCCGACUCACCCAUGAGACCGUCAUGACUGACUACGAGAUGCUCGAGGCCAAAUACGAAGAGGCCUUGAAGGCUCUUGUUGAGCUUCGUCAGGACAAGGCUGAUGAAGCCCGCCACCCCGCUCCCGCCGUCCAGAACGAGGCCUCUCGGCCUGUUUCUUUUUUAGAGAACGGAGACGCUCCGGUCUCGAAGCUUGGAGCACAACAUUCAUUCUCGCAAUCACUCUCGUCGGAAUUGUCCUCGGCCGGUGGCUCUGCUGCAGUGCUCGAGGCUUCUGAGAUGUCCAAAUUGGAGAACGAUUCCGUACCUGUGACACCUGUCAGUUCCACUGCUACUGCCCAGCAGGACAGUGAGGAAGUUGAGCACAUGCGCAACAUCAUUGCUGAGCACAAGGUGGGCGCUGACCUGAUGGCUCAGAAAUAUACUGAGCUCCAGGCCGAGCAUGAAGAAAUUCUUGGAAUUGUUGAGAAGCUAAAGGCCGAGGCCGAGGCUCAGCGGACUAAGAGCAGCUCUCCUACUACCCCCGGUUUCAAGAUGAUCCGCCGCAUGACCAGCCAGAAUCUUCUUUCUGGUGUGGACCGUGCCCACCGUUCCCUUACUGCCCUUCGGAUCAUUGCCAACGAGGAGUUUGCUGACAGGCCCGACACUUUCCAGAGCUUCGAGACUCAUCUAGAUGCUACAAUGCACGAAUUGGCCACCCGCAUGGAGCGUCUCCAGUCCCUAGAGGCCGAGAACCAAAGCGUUAAGAGAGAGAUGGAAAUGAAGGCUACCAUCAUCUCCGGUCUGACCCGUGAGCGAUCCAGCUUGUCAGGUGCCUCGUCAGUUGACAUGGCGCUUGUCAACCAGCUUCGUGACCAGAUCGUCAACCAGGAGAUCCAGAUCAACGAGCUUCGGGAAGCCCACGAGGCCCGCGAGAAGGAGCUCAUGGCUGAGAUUGAAACUCUCAACGAACUUCUGAAGAGCCAGGAGAUGGCUACCAAGGCCAUGGAUGUUGGAGCCGAGGAGCAAGACAAGCGGAUUUAUUUGUUGGAGGGUGAAUUAUCGGCGUGGAAGGGCAAGCACCAAGCUGCCCACGAGUCCCUACAGUACUCGCAGAACCAACUCACCACCACUCUUGCAGAACUGGAGACUUCCCUUGCUGCCGUCGAAUCGCUGCGUGCUGCCGCUUCCGGUAACAGCAAUGCCGACAAGGAUGCCGCUGCCAAAGAGCUUGAGAGCGAACGGGCCAAGCAGGAGGAGCACGUGAAUAGCCUCACCAAGGUCCUUGACGAGCACAAGGCUACCAUCGCAACCCAAUUAGAGACCAUUUCUGCUCUGGAGAAGUCGCACGCUGCUGCUAAGGCGCAGUUGAUCGCUCAAGAGAAUGGCGAGGUCAUUGCCACUGGUGCGCCCGAUGCGGCCAAGGUUGCUGAGCUUGAGCAGCUGAUCGCAUCCCACCGAUCUGCCAUCGACUCACAGCAGUCGGACCUGCAAUCGAUGCAGGAAACUCACAGUCGAGAAAUGGCCGAGCUUGAAGAACGGACCAAGGCUGCUGCUCAGGCCGAACACGAGUCGCAAUUAGCUGAGAGGGAUGCCAGAUAUGACGAGUCGAUGGCAGCUCUGCAAAAGGACAUUGAGGAGUCUCGUGAAGAGCUGCUGAGUCUACUCAAGGCCGUUUCGGGUCUGCUCAGCUCCGAUGUCACCGCUGAUAACUUGGCAGACCAGAUCCAAGAUGUUCUAGCUCAGAAGCAGCACUUCUCUGAGAAGUACGUUGAGUUGAUGGAAGCCAACGAGAAUCUUCGCAAGCAACUCAAUGCCGGUGGCUCCAACAGCACCGAGCUUGAGGAACUUACAAAGAAGAGCACCACACAGGACGCCAAGGUUAACGAGCUGGCUCUCUUGGUUGCUACACUAGAGGAUACCCUUCUUCAGAAAGAAGAGCAAGUGAAGAAAAAGGAUGCUCUGAUCGAGGAGAUUUCUAUUGAGAAGCAGAAGAGUGUCCGUCUGGUCGAGGAGCUCGAGGAGCAAAUCACCAGCAGCUUUGACCAACACCACAACCGUCUAUCUGUUAUCCAACAGGAGCGUGACAGCGCCCUCGAGGAUGCCAAAGCUCGUGUUGUUGUUCUGGAGCAGGAAAUCGAAACCUACCAGGUCCGGAUCGAACAACUUGAGCUUCAAAUUAAAAACAAUGGCACCCAGGACGGCUUCCAUGACCGCAGCAGCUCCAUGACCUCCAACCUCCGCAAGAGCUCAUCCGCGGCAUCUCUGCCCUCGCCUCCACCCGCCAUUCCCCUCCCUCCUCUUCCCACCAUUGCUGCCCAGUCAAAUGGCAGCGUAUCCCCUCCCAGCUCUCGCCAUGCUAGUAAGGAGCUGGUCAAUGCCCAGAUUGUCGAGGACCAAGAAGCUCGCAUCCGUACCAUCGAGAAGCACCUGUACGCCGAGAAGCAGCUGACUGCUACCCUGGAAGAGGCACUCGGUGACCUAGAAGCCCAGAGCAGCAAGGUCAAGACCGAUUGCGAAGCCUGGAAGAAGAAGGCAUGGGCUCUUGACGAUGAGUUGUCCACACUCCGCAAGGAGCGCAACUCCGCCCGCCUUUCGCUGCAAGCCGUCGAGGAAGAGCGCAGUGCCCGCAAGGAAGCUGAAGCUGCCCGUGCCCAGCUAGAAGAGCGGAUGAACGCACUAAACAAAAAGAAGAAGAAGAGUACCCUCAACUGCUUCUAA